AUGAAUUGGUUAAGGAUACCGACCAGUGUUAAGCAGUUCACCAGGCAGAUAGUUUAUGUGCCAAAACAUAAACCACCGAAUCAUGAAGAUUUUGAGGUUCUUAAAGAUUUUUUAUCUAAACACAAAAAUAUUCUUAUCCUGACUGGUGCUGGUAUUUCCACAGAAUCUGGAAUCCCUGACUACAGAUCAGAGGAAGUUGGUUUAUAUGCUCGUAGCAAUCACAAGCCUAUACAAUACCAAGAAUUCGUGAAAUAUCCUAAAGUAAGGCAAAGGUACUGGGCCAGGAAUUUCAUUGGAUGGCCAAGGUUCAGCUCUGUGCAGCCAAAUGCCACACAUUUGGCUAUCAGAGAGUUGGAAAAGAUGGGUAAGGUGACAUCAAUAGUGACACAGAAUGUAGACAGACUCCAUCAAAAAGCUGGCUCUGAAAAUGUAAUUGAACUUCAUGGGUCAGGGUACAUUGUAAAAUGUUUGAAAUGUCCUUAUGAGAUCAGCAGGGAAGAAUUACAAGUGCAACUUUUGAAGAAUAACUCUUACAUGGAAAACAGUUUUACUAUGAUAAGACCAGAUGGCGAUGUAGAAUUACCACGAGAACAAGUGGAUAAUUUCCGGUCACCACUCUGCCCAAAAUGUGAAGGCCCUUUGAAACCAGACAUUGUGUUCUUUGGUGAUAAUGUCCCAAAACAGAGAGUAGACCAAGUCAGGAGUGCUGUGUCUUCCAGUGAUGCAGUGUUCGUUUUAGGUUCUAGUCUGACAGUUUAUUCAAGCUAUAGAAUAAUUUUACAAGCCCGAGAUGAACAUAAGAAUAUAGCCUUACUUAAUAUAGGCCCCACUAGAGCUGACAAUAUAAUACAAAUCAAAGUACAUACCAAAUGUGGCGACAUUCUACCCGCAUUAUGUAAUUCUAUAAAAAAGAACCUCAGUUGA